GCUCGAAAAGCUUCGAAAUGGGCGUCCAAGGCCCUUGCAACCUUAUCGCGCAUCCGGACUAUACUGGUUGACUGUACUCCUCGGGCCUCCUGGGCUGCGUUCUGACCAGGACUCCGAGGCGAGUCCAGGCGUGGCGACCAGGGGCAGCGGCAUCGGCACCUCCUCUCGCUGCAGGCUUGAGGACCGAGAGACGCUGCGUCAUGCGGACAUGGGGCACCGGCGCAUCCCCCGGGGGAGCUCAUUCACCUGCCUCGCCUCCCUGGGCGAGCUGCCGCCGUCGGUCGGCGGCCUGGAGUUCUGGCCCUGGGAGAGCGCCCUGUACCGCGAGGCCUCCGCGCCGCAGGACGCGCAGGUCCCGCCCUGCGUGCACAGGUACCGCCCCAGCAGCUUCGUCGCCUUCGACGGCAGGCUGAAGCACCGCACGCAGCCCUUCGAGUACGCGCGGGCGCCCGCCGGCGCCGGCCCGGGCGCGGAGGCGUGCUGCGACGCCUUCGAGGCGGGCGGCCACCUACGCGUGCUCGUGUCCCUGGCGUUCGGGUCCUCCGACGCGGGCCUGGCGCGCUACAACCACAAGAUGCUGCGGAAGCAGACCUGCCACGAGGAGGCCCUGAUCCGGCAGAGCCCGCAGCGCGAGGUGGACAUCGACUCGGAGCUGGACACCUCUGCGAGCGACCCCGAGCCGCAGUAGUAUAGGCCUGAAAGGGCUGCUGAUGGAGUGGUGGCACUGACGAUGGGGCGUUGCCCGCAGGGUCAGCCCUGGCCGCGUGUCCCGAGGCCGCAUUCUUCGAAGCAGGACCCGCGUGCUCAGAGGAGGAAAAGUACCCAUACCUCUACCCUCCCCUCGUUUUCCCCUUUUGGGGCGUCCUGGGCGGCUCUCGUCGCCACCGCUGGAUUCGCCUCGAAAUCCUGGUCAGAACGCACCCCGGGAAAGGCCCAGGGAGUGGCGGUAUCGGUACCUUUUGGUUUCCCCACGUGCGGUGACGCUGCAUUGCCCCUCAUGCUCGGUCACGUCGGGAGCUUCGCUGACAGGGCUGUCGGCGGCUUCG